AGGACUGGGUACCAGCUGAUGAAGCUGAUUUAAGUAUGGCGGUGUUUCAUAAAGAUCCUUGUGGACUUAUUUGUCUUUUCAUAACUUAUUCCGCUGUGUUUUAUGCAGACUAUUGUAUAGUUCAACAUGUUGUUCGUCCCACUCUAACAGAAAGCAUCUGGGGCAGCUUACAUGUUUGUAUAUUUAAUAUCAUUGUUCUACUGUUGACAAUAUCCCAUGUCAGAGCAUCAUUUUCUGAUCCAGGGGUGGUAGCUAGACCCUCAUCAAGUCUUGAUUUCUCAGAAAUAAAUAAAGCAAAAACUAAGCAAACAGAGAGUGAAAAUGAAUGGACUGUCUGUGCAAAAUGUGAAGCUUAUCGUCCACCAAGGGCACAUCAUUGCAGGACAUGUGGAAGGUGUAUAAGAAAAAUGGAUCAUCACUGUCCCUGGAUCAAUAAUUGUGUUGGAGAAGCUAACCAGAAGUAUUUUAUUUUAUUCCUGUUUUACACAGGUCUAGCAUCACUGUACAGUAUAAUUCUCACAGCUGUGUCAUGGACAAUGGAAUGCAAUGGCUGCACCAAAGACUAUGAGAAAAGAACAAGAUUAAUUUACACUGUAAUUUUGAUGAUCGAAGGUGUUCUGUUUGGUUUAUUUGUCCUAGCCAUGUUAUGUGACCAGUUCUCAGCCAUUACAGGUGACCUCACAGCUGUGGAACAUGUACAGCGGCAAAUCAGAACAAACCGCAAACCAAGGAGUGCUCUCUUAGCUGAAGUGUUUGGAAGAGGUGGAUUUUUCAUUUGGUUCUGUCCAUGUUCUACUCCUCCCAGCCCGCAACAGUCAACAGCAUCAGAACGCUAUAAUGUCUAACUGGCAUGGUUUCAGAAAGAACAAAGCAAUGAAGGAGAAUCUAUGAUCCUUUCAGAAUUCAUUAAGUUAGAGCGUUUUUCUUGCUUCAUUUGUGGAGUGUAAAAACAUGCCCUCUCAUUUGAAUAUGGCAGCCCAUUUUAACUCCCUGGAAGUGACUUAACAUUUUUUCUUCUCCCAUCUGCAGUACAUUUCAUGUAAAUUAGUCUAAAAGUUUUUUGUGUUACAUCAACAUAACACCCUUAAGUUUAUGAUUUUGUAUAUAUUUAUUACAUUUUUCCAGGAUAAUGUAUUGAUAUGGAAGUUAAAGAAAAAUACCAAUUAUGAUCUUACAUAGAGCUGAAGCUUGCAAGGGGAAUGCUUUUCCUGGUAUUUCACCCCAUGGACAUAGUCUUUAAAGUUGAGCGUAGUUUGACCAGCCACUU